CGAGGUUGUUUUGGUGAAGCAACUCUUGACGGAAGAGUUAUUAUCAUCGAAGCGUAAUAAUAUUUCGUAUGGUUUCACUUUCCAAGAAUUUUCACAGAAAACGAUUUGCCUUUGGCCAGUUUGAAUAUGCAUAUUGCCACAUAAUAUUAAAUUCUUCAAGGUGCUAAGGAUCGUUUAAAUCUGAAGAUGAGUCGUCAAAGAUCUGCAGACGCGGCUCGCUUCAAGCCAAAAUAUUUUUACCAGUUCAGAAUUAUUUUAAUCGGCGACAGCACUGUUGGGAAAUCCUCGCUUUUGCGGCAGUUUACGGAAGGUCAAUUCAUCGAAAAUUCGGACCCAACAGUCGGUGUGGAUUUCCAUGUCAGGGUUGUAAUGCUUACAUCUGAUGUCAGGAUAAAGUUGCAGAUUUGGGACACAGCAGGACAGGAGAGAUUUCGUGCCAUCACAUACUCAUACUAUAGAAACACUGUUGGAUGCUUGAUUGUUUAUGAUAUCACUAACAGAGAAUCAUUCCUUAACAUCAAAGACUGGUAUACAGAGGCAAAGAAUUGUGUAGAGGAAAGUGAUGUUGUCUUUAUGUUGGUAGGUCAUAAAAUUGACAAAGAAUCAAUGAGAAAAGUUUCCACAGAGGAAGGAGAACGAUUUGCAGAAGCAAACAACAUGAUGUUUAUUGAGACAUCAGCUAAGGUUUUAUGCAAUAUUGAGGAAGCUUUUUUCAGAGUGACUGAGGAAGUGCAUAAACGCAUGGAGAGAGGAGACCUGGGACUGAGAGAUGGCUGGGAUGGGAUUAAGGCACUUCCUAUGCGCCCUACAGAUGUGCUGGGUAUUGGACAUGCUAUUUCAGCAGAAGACUUACUGGAACAUCAUCAUGAGUCCAAAAGGUGCUGCACGGGUUGAUGUUUUUUUUUUUUUUUCCAUACAUACCAGGAGAAAAUGAAAUUGACCUUCUAAACAAAACUAAACAUAUCCCAAUAGUGAACAUCUAGAAUUUUACUCUGAUUGAGCUAAAAAUAUUUGACAUCAACUAUGUUCUUUCUAGAAACAAAAUUUACCCAACAUAAAACCCUACUCUGUAAUCAGCUAGGGGAAAAUUUUGUUGCUCAUAUUCUUCAUUUUUCUUUGUUAUGGGUUCUUCUGUGUCUUCUGUUUGGAAUGAACUUAGCAUUUGUUAAACCUAAGUAACAAGUUGUCAGAUAAUUUCACUGAGUGUACUUCCUGUCACCAAAUGUAAAUGCUGUGGGAAGUGUUGCAAUUUAUGUAGGUCUGACCCAGGUAGCAAUAAGAUUACUUGAUAGGUAAAUAGUCCAUUGUUCUGCAAGCAUACCCUUGGCCAAAGUCAUGUGGUUUUACUGUAAAGGAUUUAAAACACCACUCUACUCUUGUUUUAAGGCCAUGAAACAUUUUCUUCCAUUUCUUGACACCUGUGAGAACACCUUCAGAAACUAGAGUGGGUUCUGGAGGUACUAGAUGUUUACAAUUUUGCCACUCAUCAGAUAUUGUUUGAUAGGGAAACAUUUAUUUGUGGUAAGGAACUAGAAUUGUGUUAGAUAUCUAUUAAAGAGCUGGAGUGGUAACGUUAAACCUGCCAUUACUUGGUAUUAAAACAUAUAUUGGACUCACACAGUAGAUAGUUUAAACGCAGGAUAAAGGUUGAUCAUAUAGUUUUGUGAGUGAGAAAGUCCUGUAAAGGACUAUUACAGUACUUAACUAUUUUGGCAUCAUCAAAUUUUUCAAUUAAUUCUGAUGAUGACUUCUACUUUGUCGUUGUGUCAUCAGCAACUGUCACCAACUAAAGUCCUCUCCUUUACCACUCUCACUUUUUAGAUUACAUGAUCAACAAUUACACUGACUGAUAGCAUUUUUAAGGGGAUGUUAUGGGGUAUUUCCUCACUUAUGACCUUUAAAAGUCAGCCAGAGUAGAUUAUAACCUAACUAAAAUGUGUGAAGUGUAGCAACAAGGACAGUAGUGUUUUCUGAAGCUAAAAAAGGUUAAGUUUUUGCCAAUUUUACUGUUGUGUAGUGCUAGUAAAAAAAUGUGGGGGUGUUUUGGAUAAGAAUGUCAACUUAAGGUUAUUAGCUAAAGAGAGAAGAUGUCAUUUGCAAUACUUUUUAAUUGUGUAUAAGUCAAGAAGUUUUUAUUUUGUUGAUUCAGGUGGUUUCCUACUAUUUUAUGUUACUUCGUAACUUUUAAUGAGCAGGUUUGGUUUUAUUUAUAAAUGAGUGUGAAAUGUAGAGCUUAUGAUUAAUUUUUUUACUCAUUUUUUAAGAAAACAGGCAGAUCUAGUUAUUAUGAGGUUUCUUCAAUUAAAAACAAACACACCUUUCCCCAA